UUGAAAGGUGUGUACCGCGAACGACAAAUCACUAGACUCGCUAAGCUACGACGUAUUGGCGAAUUGCCACCGGUUUAUCCAAAUGGAUGGUACUGUAUUGCUGAGUCAGAUGAGCUGAAACCAAAAGCUGUUAGAGAAGUGACGAUAUUCGGUAAGUAUGAGAUGACCAUUAUAUUGAUCUCAGUAGCGGUGACUACUCUAUUUAUUUACCUUAUUUACUAUGCGCUCCGACCAUGUAAUCGUAUUCGGAAACUUGGUGAUCUGGGACUUCUUCUUGGUGAUCCGGAGUUGAAAGGUGUGUACCGCGAACGACAAAUCACUAGACUCGCUAAGCUACGACGUAUUGGCGAAUUGCCACCGGUUUAUCCAAAUGGAUGGUACUGUAUUGCUGAGUCAGAUGAGCUGAAACCAAAAGGCUGCCAAUUUCUGACGCUCAUAAGAUCUGAGAGUGGCCAAGUGCAUCUAAUCGACUCAUACUGUCCACAUCUGGGUGCCAAUUUCAACGUUGGUGGAAAGGUGGUUGACGAUAACUGUGUGCAAUGCCCCUUUCACGGAUGGGUGUUUUCCGGAGAAACAGGCAAAUGUACACGAAUACCGUAUGACAAUGGGACGAUUCCCGAACAAGCAAAGGUUGCUGUGUGGCCAGUCCUGGAAAGGAAUCAGCACAUCUAUGUAUGGUACCAUUGUGAUGGAAAUGAACCCGAAUGGGAUAUACCAGAAAUCGAUGAGAUAACGAACGGUGAAUGGACCUACGGUGGACGUACUGAACAUGAAAUCAUGUGCCAUUGUCAGGAAAUUCCCGAAAAUGGUGCCGAUAUAGCACAUCUGAACUAUUUGCACUUGACUGGACCAAACAGAGGAAACAACCUUUUCAACAUUGAUCUCGACAAUACUAAUCCGGUGAUUCGUCACAUUUGGGACGGUAAAUGGGCACCGCAAACUGGCGAGGACACUCACCUCUCAGUGAUGCAUCUCGACCAAUACAUGACCUUUGCUGGCUUCAAGAUUCCAUUAACAAGCAGUAGACUGAGAGCUGAACAGGUGAAUAUUGUAUUGCUGUUAGUCCGAACAGAGAGAGACGCCUGUUCUGCUUGA